AGGAUUUACAGAAAGAGAAUACACUGAAAAACACACGCACAAUUCCACAAACACACUCAGCAGCGCAAAAUCCUAAUUUUGGAGAUCUUUCUUUUGCCGCUGUUGUAUGCGCCACCACAAUCGCCGCCGCCUCCACCAUCACCGCUUAGGGUUUCGUCUAUGGUUACAAAGUCUCUCCCUUUGUCCCUCCGCAAUCUUACGAGCUGGAUUCUGUCUCCCUCCUUAGGCGAAUCUCCAUGCGCCGCUGGUUGAGUGGCUUUGUUGAUUAACCCAUAAAAUCUACGACCGUACUCUUUCCUUAUCCUUCCAUCUCAAUUGAUUUCGGGAAGUCUAGGGUUUUAUAUGGUUUUCGGAUAGUGGGAUUGUUGAUAUUUAUUUAUGCCCUUGAGUUUUGUUUUGGAUUUGUAUUUGGAUGGCAUUGGGCGAUUUGAUGGCGUCUCGGUUCUCGCAAUCAUCUGUUACGGUGGUGUCGAAUCACUACGAUGAUUACCAGGAGGAUUCCGAUUUGUUCUCGCAACAGAGGGAUUCCGAGACUGCAACUACAAGCAGUUACGUCAAUGCCACGUCAUCCACGCCCACCAGCAUGGUGUAUUUGCCCCAGACCGUAGUAUUAUGCGAGCUUCGACACGAGGUCUUUGAAGUUUCCACGCCAACCGGCCCGUCUGAUAGCGGUCUUGUCUCCAAAUGGCGUCACAAGGACAGGAUGAAGACAGGAUGUGUAGCUCUUGUUUUAUGUUUAAACAUUAAUGUUGAUCCGCCUGAUGUAAUAAAGAUAUCUCCUUGUGCAAGAAUGGAAUGCUGGAUAGAUCCUUUUUCUAUGGCACCACCAAAAGCACUUGAAACGAUUGGAAAGAACUUGAGAGAUCAAUAUGAAAGGUGGCAACCGAGGGCUCGCUAUAAGGUUGAACUUGAUCCUACUUUAGAGGCAGUGAAGAAACUUUGCACUACAUAUCGCAGAUAUGCAAAGUCUGAGAGAGUAUUGUAUCAUUAUAAUGGACAUGGUGUGCCAAAGCCAACACAUAAUGGUGAAAUCUGGCUAUUUAAUAAGGGUUAUACCGAAUACAUCCCAUUGUCAAUUUGCGAACUUGAUUCAUGGUUAAAAACACCAUCUAUAUAUGUUUUUGAUUGCUCUGCUGCUGGAGUAAUUGUUAAUGCUUUCAUUGAGCUUAAUGACUGGGGUGCUUCAAACUAUGGAUCUGCUCGUGAUUGCAUUCUACUUGCUGCAUGUGAAGCACAUGAGACUCUUCCUCAAAUCUUUGUGAUGUUCUGUACAAGGUCGUUGCUUCGUGAAUCUCUUGAUUAUUCUCUUAUAGAUAAAAUUCCUGGCCGGCAAAAUGACCGCAAGACGCUUUUAGGAGAAUUGAAUUGGAUUUUUACUGCAGUGACUGACACAAUUGCCUGGAAUGUUCUUCCACACGAUCUUUUUCAGAGACUGUUCAGACAAGAUUUGUUAGUUGCCAGUCUGUUCCGAAAUUUCUUGCUUGCUGAGAGAAUCAUGCGCUCUGCAAAUUGUUCUCCAAUCUCCCAUCCGAUGUUGCCACCAACCCAUCAGCAUCACAUGUGGGAUGCAUGGGACAUGGCUGCCGAAAUUUGCCUUUCUCAGCUUCCGUCACUGAUUGAGGAUCCUAAUGCAGAGUUCCAGCCAAGUCCAUUUUUCACGGAGCAGCUCACUGCUUUUGAGGUAUGGCUUGACCAUGGAUCUGAGCAUAAGAAGCCACCAGAGCAAUUACCUAUUGUGCUUCAGGUUUUACUUAGUCAAUGCCAUCGUUUCCGUGCACUGUUUCUACUGGUAAAAUUCCUUGAUAUGGGACCUUGGGCUGUAGAUCUGGCCUUGUCCGUUGGGAUAUUCCCUUAUGUUCUAAAGUUACUCCAAACAACUACACCAGAACUACGUCAACUCCUUGUGUUCAUAUGGACAAAAAUUCUAGCACUUGAUAAGUCAUGUCAGGUGGAUCUUGUGAAGGAUCUUGGUCAUACAUAUUUCAUAAGGUUUCUUGACAGCACGGAAACAUACCCGGAACGUGCGAUGGCUGCAUUUGUUUUGGCUGUCAUUGUGGAUGGGCACAGAAGGGGCCAGGAAGCCUGUAUUGAAGCAGGUUUGAUUCAUCUCUGCUUGAAGCACCUUCAGGGUAAUGAUGCACAAAGUGAACCCUUAUUUCUUCAGUGGCUUUGCCUUUGUCUUGGAAAGUUGUGGGAGGAUUUUACAGAGGCUCAAAUGAUAGGCCUGCAGGCUGAUGCUCCCACCAUAUGUUCUCCUCUUUUGUCAGAACCUCAACCAGAGGUUAGAGCUUCUGCUGUUUUUGCUCUUGGUACUCUCCUUGAUGUUGGGUUUGACUCGGCCAGAGAUGGUGUUGGAGGCAAUGAAGAAUUUGAUGAUGGUAAAAAGAUUAGGGCUGAAAUUAGUAUUAUCAGAAGCCUUCUAAGUGUUGUUUCAGAUGGAAGUCCACUAGUCAGGGCAGAGGUUGCUGUAGCUCUAGCACGUUUUGCCUUUGGACAUAAGCAGCACCUCAAGUCCAGUGCUGCUGCAUAUUGGAAACCUCAGUCCAGCUCUCUGUUGAAUUCUUUGCCUUCACUGGCCAACAUAAAAGAUGUUGGAUGUGGAAAUAUAAUUUCAUCCCAGAUAGGUCCUUUGACUAGAGUUGGAAAUGACAGCCCACUAAUGCUUCGAGAUGGAAAAGCUUCCACUAGUAGUCCUCUUGCCACUCCUGGAAUUAUGCACGGAUCUCCAUUGUCUGAUGAUUCAUCUCAACAUUCUGAUUCCGGAAUAUUGAAUGAUGGUGUCCGCAAUGGGGUAGUUAACCAUUCAAGGCCAAAGCCACCAGACAAUGCAAUGUAUUCACAGUGUGUAUUAGCAAUGGGUACUUUGGCGAAGGACCCAUCCCCACGAAUAGCAAGCCUUGGUCAGCGUGUUCUCUCUAUAAUUGGGAUUGAACAAGUGACAAAAGCAGUAAAGUCCAUUGGUGGCAGUGUUCGACCUGGUGAACCUUCAACUUCUUCCCCCACCCCUAGUUUUGCCAGACUAGCUCGCUCAUCUUCCUCGUUUGACAUGAAUGGAGGUCAUCUGCCCUUAGCAUUUAGAACUCCUCCUGUUAGCCCUCCACGACAAAGUUACUUGACAGGAAUGAGGAGAGUUUGCUCUUUGGAGUUCAGGCCUCCUCUGAUGAAUUCUCCUGAUUCAGGAUUAGCUGACCCACUUUUAGGCUCUGUUUCUGGGGUUUCAGAGCGCAGUUUACUACCUCAAUCAACCAUCUAUAAUUGGAGUUGUGGUCACUUCUCCAAGCCACUUCUUAGUGCAGCUGAUAAUGGUGAAGAAAUAUUAGCUAGAAGAGAAGAGAGGGACAAAUUUACACUGGAGCAUAUUGCUAAAUGCCAGCAUUCUAGUGUCAGCAAACUUAAUAAUGAUAAUCAAAUUGCUAACUGGGAUACAAAGUUUGAGACAGGCACAAAAGCAACCUUGUUGCAACCCUUCUCUCCUAUUGUGAUUGCUGCAGAUGAGAAUGAACGAAUCAGGGUAUGGAAUUAUGAAGAUGCUAUCCUUCUGAAUGGUUUUGACAACCAUGAAUUUCCCGAAAAAGGGAUUUCUAAGCUUUGCCUUCUGAAUGAACUAGAUGACAGCAUGCUUCUUGUUGCUUCAUCAUAUGAUGGAAAUAUUCGUGUUUGGAAAGAUUAUGCCGUGAGGGGUAAACAGAAGCUCGUCACUGCAUUUUCUUCAAUCCAAGGUCACAAACCUGGUGUGCGGAGCCUUAAUGCUGUUGUGGACUGGCAACAACAAUCAGGAUAUCUGUAUGCUUCUGGGGAGAUAUCAUCAAUCAUGCUAUGGGACCUUGAUAAGGAGCAGCUAGUCAGCUCAAUACCUUCAUCAUCGGAUUGCACUGUCUCAGCAUUGGCUGCUUCUCAGGUUCAUGGUAGUCAACUUGCAGCUGGUUUUGUGGAUGGGUCUGUCAGAUUCUAUGACAUCCGGACGCCUGAAAUUCUGGUUCGUGCAAUGCAGCCGCAUAAUCAAAGAGUUGUUGGUAUUGGCUUUCAACCUGGACUUGAACCAGGGAAGAUUGUCAGUGCAUCGCAGGCUGGUGACAUCCAGUUCCUUGAUAUUAGAAGUUAUGGAGAUACUUACCUCACAAUUGAUGCUCACAGGGGGUCACUAACUGCUUUAGCUGUUCAUAGACAUGCCCCUAUAAUUGCCAGUGGCUCAGGAAAACAGCUAAUCAAAGUCUUCAGUUUAGAGGGCGAACAAUUAGGUACCAUAAGGUACUAUGCAAACUUCAUGGCCCAGAAGAUAGGUUCUGUCAGCUGCCUCGCCUUCCAUCCCUACCAAGUAUUGCUUGCUGCUGGAGCUGCAGACGCUUGUGUCUCCAUAUAUGCUGACGACCAUUCUCAAACAAGGUGAAUAGUUUCAUUAUUUUCUGAUUUCACAAAUUUGGAAGGCAGAACAGAGUGGCUGAAGGAUGGUCGGUCCAAAGUGUCUUUUUGUGUCAGAGAUCAAGUUUUAUGAGCGAAUUGGAGCCUGAAUCAUGAGAUAUGAAAUGUGUUUGCCUCCUUGUUCACACACAAACGCUGUUGGUCUUCCUGGGAAUAUUGAUGGACACAAUCUGCCGGUUGUAUUUUAUAGAUAUUCAUUAGCCUCCAGUGUAGAUGUUCAAAAAAUGUUGGGGGAAAUCCAGCACAUAUUUAAUGGGGGCUUUGACAAAUAAUGUUAUAUAGGUACAUGGGUGUAAAUAGCUUCUUUCUGUUUUCCUUCCCUGAUUCGGUUGUGCUCAUUGUUCCAUGGCUUUGUUCAAUUUGUAAAAGCAGCACACUUGUUAUUAUCAUAAUUUAGCGUUGCAAACAGAUUAGUAAUGGGUAAUUAUCCCCUCAAAUCUGGAGCUAUUAUCUCUCUCUCUCUCUCCGUGGUUCUCUUCUUGUUGUACAUUUAAAAAUUGAGCUAUGCAACGGAUUGUU